UUCUAGUGAGCAUCGAUAACAAUGCAUGUGCCGAGCACACUCGCCCGACAAACCAAUUGUUGAUAGUUUAUUAUAUGCAAUAAUUCCAAGCCCGGAGCUCAUUAAUUAAAUGGUGACCAACAAAAAGGAGGACGAAGCGCUGUCCACAACGUCAGCGGUAACGGGACUGCCUCAGAAACGAUUCUAUCGCCAACGGGCCCACUCCAAUCCCAUUGCGGAUCACAGUUUCGAUUAUCCCGCCCGGCCAGAAGAUGUGGACUGGCGCUCACUGUAUCCGAGCAUCAACGACGAGCAGCAAGUCGAAUUCGCAGACAUUGGCUGCGGCUACGGCGGCUUUCUGGUCACCCUCGGUGAAAUGUAUCCCAAAAAGCUAUCCAUCGGCAUGGAAAUACGCGUCAAGGUGUCCGACUAUGUCGUCGAUCGAAUUGCGGCUUUAAGAUUGAAGAAUUCAGAGACAGCAGCCUAUCAGAAUAUCGCCUGCAUUCGCACCAAUGCAAUGAAAUAUUUACCCAACUAUUUCCGUAAGAGUCAGCUAGAGAAAAUGUUCUUUCUGUAUCCCGAUCCGCAUUUCAAGCGAGCCAAGCACAAGUGGCGCAUCAUCAACCAGGCCCUGCUCUCCGAAUAUGCCUAUGUGCUGCGCACGGGGGGUCUCGUAUAUACAAUGACGGAUGUGGAGGAUCUCCAUAAGUGGAUUGUCUCUCACAUGACGCAGCAUCCAUUGUACGAACGACUCAGCGACGAAGCAACUAAAGCGGAUCCGAUUACACCGAAGUUGUACCAGAGCAGCGAGGAAGGCGCCAAGGUGGUGCGCAAUAAGGGAGAUCAUUUCUUGGCUAUAUUCCGCCGCAUCUAGGGCGGUGUAACAUACAGAUAUAUGAAAGCGUAUAUUUCCGUGACAAAUAUAUACACGUACAUAUUGAA